GCCUGGGAGUAAAGACACCGCAGACUAAGGCACUACCGUCCUGAGUUAGUCCUCAGCUUGUGAAGUUCCGGCAUGUGUAGCAAUCCGACCAGCUCGUCAGGGAAUGCUUGUGAUUGAUCAAAUUAUUUUGUUGAACUAGUCUCCCUUGAUCCUGGUCACCUGGACGUCGUUCUUUGGCGCAGCCCCUUCAUAAGAACCCCAUAGUUCAUUCAGCAUGAGUGAUUCGGCUCCCCGUGUCAACUCUGUUACCCUUACCCCACUAUCAUGGCUGGUGGUUCAAGCACGUCGAGUAUUGUCUCGCAACCCGGCUUUGCAUCGGUGGUUGCGUUGGCUCGUUCUCCUGCAGCGCUGAAGGCCUUUCGAACGGCCGGUCUUCUUGCUGGCUUAUGGUUCUUUCUGACGUUCUGGCACAAGAAAGACCCGAAAAAGGCGAAGAAGCUAGAAUCCAAGCUCGUGACGGACUUGAGCAAAGUUGGACGUCGAGUGAAACAAGAUGAGUAUGGCUACGACCCAGACGAGUACGACGUCGUUAUUGUGGGCGGGGGCACUGGUGGCUGCGUAUUGGCCGCACGCCUUUCAGAGGACCCUACCAUCCGUGUCUUACUUCUGGAAGCCGGAAGGAGCAAUCUAGACGACCCAGUUGCACUCGUUCCUGCCGUCGGAACCAGGACUUUCCGUACCCCUCUUGACUUCAAUUUCUGGACUGAGGAACAGAAGAACGCAGAUGGUAGAAAGCGGUAUUGGCCUCGAGCAAAGAUCCUGGGUGGAUGCACCAAUACCAAUGCAAAUUGUUAUCAUUUCGGUGCUCCUUCUGACUACGACGAAUGGGCUCAACUGCAGAAGAAUCAGGAGGGUGCCGAAGCUUGGUCGUACAAGGAAUUCCUCCCGUACUUCGGGAAGUUCGAGAAGUUUACUCCGAGCAAGGACUACCCUGGAGUUGAUGCGUCUCAACGAGGAUCCUCGGGACCCGUCGACAUUGGCUACUUUGGCCAUCUUUCUCAUUCGCCCGGGGCAUUCAUCAAGGCUUGUAUCAAUGCUGGUAUACCUCAUAAUCCUGAUGUUAACACUGCACAAGGAACGCUUGGUGUUACGAAGUGCGUAGUUCUUGGCGCAGUACAUUUCCAGAUCACUGAUCGUGAUGAACCAGUGACCUACAUCGAUUCUAAGGGUCAACGAGUGACAACUGAGACAGCUUACCUUACACCAACGGUGUUGGCACGCCCUAACCUCACUGUAGCGACGAAGGCAUAUGUCACCCGAGUCCUGUUUGACACUAAGGAUGCAUCCAAGCCUCGUGCGGUUGGUGUGGAAUUCGCAGAUUCAACAGGUGCUAAAUACCAAGUGAAGGCCAGGAAGGAAGUGGUUGUCGCCGCAGGAGCUGUCAGUACACCUCAGAUUCUGAUGCUGUCUGGAGUCGGGCUUGCAGAGCACCUUUCGGACUUCCGAAUUCCGGUCGUCGCAGACUUGCCAGGCGUCGGUUCACACCUCAUGGAUCACCUUGUCGUCGAUUGGCACUUCAAAGACAAGUCUAAGACCGGAAUUAACUUCUUGCGAGCCAAGAAUUUCUCUCAGAAGGUCCAGUUGACCACAGCAUUGGUGCAAUAUAAGUUGACGAGGAAAGGACCUCUGACCUCGAAUAUCGCAGAAGUGGCGGCCUUUGUACGUGCGGACGAUCCCAGAGUGUUUCCGGAGAACAAGUAUUCCCAAACGGCGCUACCUGAGGAUACGUCGUCCGGCAAGAACGCACCUCACCUCGAAAUCUUCGGCAGUCCUAUGAUUUAUGAGGACUUUGGCUUCGGUUGGACCCCUCUUGAAUCGCACUUCGGAUUGCACACGGUCUUGCUCAGACCUAAGAGCACUGGCCAGAUUAGGCUGAGAUCGACGAAUCCUGAGGAUCCGCCCAUCAUUGAUCCUAACUACUUCACCGACCCCAAUGAUGUGAAGACUCUCAUUCGUGGUGCCCGACUAGUCCAAGACCUCGUCAAGGUUGAACCUUUGGCUUCGGUCGUAGACCAUACAGGGGAUGGUUCACCAGGCACUCACCAUCACUUGCAUACUGUCACUGACAAAGAACUGGAGAAGCUCAUCCUCGAGCGAGCAGAGACGCUGUACCAUCCUUGCUGCAGCGCGCGCAUGGCGCCUCUCGAAGAUGGAGGUGUCGUUGACCCACAGUUGAGGGUAUACGGUAUUCCGAACUUGAGGAUUGCUGAUGCAAGUGUGUUCCCUACGAUCAUUUCCGGCCAUACGGCUGCCCCUGUUAUCGCUAUUGCUGAAAAGGCUGCGGACCUCAUCAAAGCUGCCGUCAAGCAGACUUAACGAAACAGGGAGAACCCUUGUCUCUCUGGAAGCACAGGUCACUGCUAGAGAACCGGUGGGGCUACGAAUGUUCGAUCUUAUCAAGCCUUGGUCUUGGUCUUGUCUUGUGUAUUAGCAUGUACAAUACGCAAUAUUCCGAGCACAUAUUCCGGGGUACGGAGUGCUUAAAUGAUACCACGACUCUUAAUAAUACCUGCCCAACUUUUGGCUAUAUAGUCUGUG